GCCUUCACUCACUCCAGAUCCCCCCUGCGUCACGGCUCCGCGCUCUCCUAUUGGCCCGGCGCGCUGCAUAAUCUCACCGCCGAGCAGCUCCGGUUUUGUUCACCAUGUUGGAUCCAAAUCUAGUUGCAUUUUAGCCCGGGGACUUUUUCUUGCAAACAUGUCAGCGGUAACAACGCAACGUGGGCUCGCGUCGUGCCCGCUGACCUAACCCACUCCACUGUCGCCUUUGGAUCAGCGGUUCACUUCCUGCGCUGACAGCCGCGGAUAAACGGAAGAAGAGCUGUGCUUGUUUUGAUUUCGCUACAAGCUGUCAACGAGCCCCCUUUUGGCUGGUGCUUUUUUGGAGUCCACUGUCGAGAUUUCAGUAGCACCUCGGACAAACCGCUCAACUUUCCCUGAAUCUUUAAGUCUCUCGUUUUUUUGGAUACGCGCGAAAUGGCACCGCAGGACGCACGUUAAACUCUUACGCGCUGUCUAUGGGGAAAGAAGUUGGAUCUACAGCAAGCCAGCAGCAGAGGUAGCAGGCGUUUCCGUGCGUUUCCCUGGUCGUGGUUUUUGCGUCAUGGCCGAAGCCUCCGUCACCACCGUGUCCAAAUGAUGAAGCAGGUUCGUUUGCGUUGUUCCGUGCGUAAUAUGUGAAGUGCGAACCGCGGAUUGACCGAGGCUCGGGCCUGCAGUCGCCGCUUGGCUUCUCCGCUUUGUAACCCGGGCCUAAAGGGAUACACCUCCUUUGCACCGGAUCAGCACCGCGUUAGUUGAUUACGCCUGGGAGAAAAGGGAAGAUUAGCCUCGCGUAACUACUGACCUCAUCGGAAAAGACGCACGGUUAUUGCGCUUUGUUUGUACAUGUUUUGUCCUAUGAAGAGCCACUUACACGUGUGGAAAACUUGGCCACUUUUAAAAAAUGAAUGCGUUGCUGCCCAUGUGACACGCUUUGGAUCACACUGUUCCCUGGAGAGGCGUUUCAUCGGGGGAUAGGGCGCCCCUCUUCGGCUAUGAUGACGGACAUCUAGGGUUUAUUCAUCCACAAGGGGGGAGCGGGUUGUUUUAUUAUACUGGACACACUUUUUCUUGGUUGCAGGUGCACUUGGCUCGGUUCAUUCCUGCGGAGAAUAUUCAUUUUUAAUAAGUGGGUCAGAUCCUAGCUGGCGUUAUGAUAAAAAGCCACUGCUCUUUCUCCCCGUGGAUUUGAACGGACCUCAUGUUGGAUCAUUUCAACCCAAAGCGCUUCACAAGUUUGGCCAAGGCAUACUGUCAUCCUGCUCUGCUCCUUAUGGCCAUUUAAAGUUGGAGAUAUUUUUAAGGUUUUUUUUUUUAAACUGAAGGAGCUCUGAUAUGACUUUAGUGGUAAAUUGAAGUUGAAGAUGUUUUGUCUAAGUUUGGUGAAGUUCUGCCCUCGCAUCCUACAUCACAUUUGAAGCAUAUUGACAGUGAAUGGCUCUCUCCAGUUGGUAGCAAAGCUUUCCGCGGUUGGUCCCGUAGCGCCGAGCCCCUCUCUGGUACAUGGCUCUGUGUGGGGCGAUGGCGGCGUACAGUGGAGGCUCCUCAGCAGUGGCUCAUCAUCACCACCAACUGCAGCACCUGCCCGGACCUCACCUGCAGCACCACCAUGCACCACAGCACCCCCUGCAGGCUCCAGGCUCCGCGGCGGCUGUCCACUCCCUACAGCAGCAUGCGUCCACUGGGGCAGCUGCGGUCAUGUUGAACCCGGGGCAGCAGCAGCCCUACUUCCCCUCUCCGGCUCCGGGACAGGCUCCAGGACCAGCCGCCGCAGCUGCCCCCGCCCAGGUGCAGGCGGCCUCGGUCAAAGCCCACCACCACCACCAUCACCACCAGCACCACCUGCAGCCUCAGCUCGACAUAGAGCCCGACCGGCCCAUCGGGUACGGGGCCUUCGGGGUCGUCUGGUCAGUAACAGACCCGCGAGAUGGAAAGAGAGUGGCCCUUAAAAAGAUGCCAAAUGUCUUCCAAAACCUGGUGUCCUGUAAGAGAGUGUUUCGGGAGCUCAAGAUGUUGUGUUUCUUCAAGCAUGAAAAUGUUCUCUCUGCUCUGGACAUUCUCCAACCUCCACACAUCGACUACUUUGAGGAGAUAUAUGUGGUGACUGAACUGAUGCAAAGCGAUCUUCAUAAAAUCAUCGUUUCUCCGCAGCCUCUGAGCUCGGACCACGCCAAAGUGUUCCUCUACCAGAUCCUCCGAGGUCUAAAAUAUCUCCAUUCUGCUGGCAUUUUACACCGAGACAUCAAACCUGGCAACCUCCUGGUCAACAGCAACUGUGUGCUCAAGAUCUGUGACUUUGGUCUGGCCCGCGUGGAGGAGACCGAUGAAUCCCGGCACAUGACACAGGAAGUGGUAACGCAGUAUUACCGGGCCCCCGAGAUCCUGAUGGGCAGUCGUCACUACGGCAACUCCAUCGACAUCUGGUCUGUGGGCUGCAUCUUCGCCGAGCUGCUGGGGCGGAGGAUCCUCUUCCAGGCACAGAGCCCCAUUCAGCAGUUGGACCUGAUCACAGACCUGUUGGGGACGCCUUCGAUGGAGGCCAUGAGGACGGCCUGUGAAGGAGCCAGAGCGCACAUCCUCAGAGGUCCACACAAACAGCCGUCUCUGCCCGUGCUCUACACUCUGUCUAGCCAAGCGACCCAUGAAGCGGUGCACCUCCUCUGCCGCAUGCUGGUGUUCGACCCGUCGAAGCGUAUCUCAGCGAAGGACGCCUUGGCUCACCCGUACCUGGACGAGGGGCGUCUGAGGUACCACACCUGUAUGUGCAAAUGCUGCUACACCACCUCCUCCGGCCGCGUCUACACCAGCGACUUCGAGCCCGUCACCAACCCCAAGUUUGACGACGGAUUCGAGAAGAACCUCAGCUCUGUGCGCCAGGUCAAAGAAAUCAUCCAUCAGUUCAUCCUGGAGCAGCAGAAGGGCAGCCGGGUCCCGCUCUGCAUCAACCCUCAGUCUGCCGCCUUCAAGAGCUUCAUCAGCUCUACGGUGGCACAGCCCUCUGAGAUGCCUCCGUCUCCGCUCGUGUGGGAAUGAGUACCAUCUCUCCCUCCUCCUCAUCCCUCCCUCCUCUUCAUCUUUAAACCUGCGUAGCAUUUCACUGGACAGGUCUGCUCUGUGUCUACUGAAUGAAGAAAACUCAAAAGACAAGCGCUUUACGGGAGUGACGAAGACUUAUUUGGUCUUGAUGGUUUUGGGAUGGUUUUUGCCACAAUUUCGAGGUCCUCCAUUUUACUAAACCAGGACUACACCAAGGUUUUGAAGAUUUUAUUAAACUUAUAUUGGCAUUUGCACCUUUAAACAUACCUGAAGUACUGUUUCAUUAGCAUCAUUGAAGUAACCAUGUAUGUGAGGGGUCAUUGCGUACCUAAUCCAAGCAUUCUUUGUCAUGUGAACAUAACAGCUACCCAAAUAUAUACAUUUCAUUUUAUUUUACUUCAAAAUACUGGCAUGACAAUACGAUAGAAAUGUGCUAAUAGGGGCUGAUGAAUCCAUUUAGCAGUGAGCAAGUGCCCAUAUUUUUGCUUUGAAAAUACCAGCCAUUUUUUCCAAUUAUUAUUUCCCAAGCAAAUCCAAAUUAUCUCUAUCUAUAUUUUUAUACAGACGGAUGUCAGUCAGGUCACCGCUCCCUCCGACGCACCUUGACAUAAUCGUCCAAUCAGUUUUGUUUAUUUUAGCGAUGAAUGUGAAACAAAGGAGCUCAUUGGUCAACCACCAUUUUGAACAAAAUCAAAUUAUUCUCUCAUCAGAUUAACAGAGUUCAGUCCUUCGCUCAUUGAUUCUGCAGAAAUCCGCCAUGUUUUUCAGUCCCUUGUGAUGUAUUUUUUUCACUUCCCUUUUCCCUCGUAAGCAGCCAUAUUUGUUUUGAUACAAACAGACCAUGCGUUUCCCUGAUUGGCUAAUCCACCUGUGAGUCACGCCCACUUGAAAUCACCGGUGACUCACAUCUUUGUAUUGAGUAAGAGUGUAUUCUUGGUCCCAGGUGAUACAGUUUACAGUUACCAUAUUGUCAUGAUUUAAAUUUGAAUGCACGAGUAACUACUAUGUAACUACACUUUCUAUCACACAUAUUUUCUAUUUUAUUAUCAUGUCAUUACUUUUUAUGUAAGAAAAAUGGAAGACGUUUUUUGGGUAGCUUUGAAAACAUGUCUAUACAGUUUUUUUUUUCAGUUUCCUGUUUUGAAGGCGACAUUUUAAGGGCAUUCAAAAGAUAUAUUAUUAUUAAUUGCUAUGGCAACGGUGCUAAUUUGUCAUCACUCUGAACCCCAUGGAUUGCGUCCUGGUGGCAAAGGUGUGGACCGCUUCUACGAAUAUGUUGUCAUUGUUGUGGCAGAAACCAUCCUGUACUUUUGAAUGGAAACUUGGUUGACCAAAUCUCAAAGGUUUUAUCCAUCACUUCCAUAAGAUGCGGACCUUACUGAUUCUAUAUGAAGACGUUUGUUUAAUAUAUUCAGUAUUAUGGGUAAAUGAUAGUCUAUAUUUAAGUAGAUCUAUUGAUGUUUUUGAUGCCCCCCACAUGGUUUGUGACACUGGGAAGUUGCCAAAACGAGCUUUGAAUUCAGACAAUCGAUAAUGUUAAAAAUAAUCUCCAACCUUGUAUUUUAUUGAGCAAAUUUUAGAGGUUUAUUUAAAGAUUUUAAAAAGCCCCUUUGCCAAAGAUUAGCGCCUUGUGGAAUUGUGCAUAUAAAGGUGAAAAAUCGAAAAUUUAAAACUAGAAAGUUCAUUCAGAGAAACAAAAAGACCAACGCAUUUUUGGAUCAACAGCUAUUGAUAUAAAUACUACCAGUCAGUUCAUUUGAAGCCGCAAUAUGUAAUUUUUCUGGUGAAGGGUCAGUCACCUGCUUGUCUCCAUGGAAAUGUGAGCAAUUUGUUUGAUAAGUGCUAAAUAGAUAAGUUUAAUGCCAUACUGUGGAACAUUUCAAAGUACAGGUGCUGGAAAAAUCCCUUGAAAAACAUACGUUCUUACAGGGAGCGGUGUCGUCUCUCCGCAGAUCUGACUUGCGACUCGGUGUGUUCUACUUUUAAUGCCAUACUGCGGAACGUCCAAGACAAAGCAAUGACAUCUCCAUGGAGACGACCGGAAAAGUUCCAUAGUGCAACUUUAAUGAAACUUCACGUUACGAAAUUGCGUCCGAUUUUAUGCAUUCCUCACAGUUUAAAUCUUAAAAAAAUCCAGUUGCUAAUAAUAAGAAUGAACCAUGUUGGCAUGAGGCUGUCCUGAUGCUAAAUUUUAAGUUUUAUUUCACAUUGCUAGCACAUAUUGUUUUUAAAUGAUUUCUGUAUUUAUUUUUGGUCUGAAAAGCCACAAAAGUCACGUCCUGCUUAGAAAUCCACACCACUAUGAAGACUGCGUUUCUAAGGGUGCUUCUCAUUUUUAUUUUAAUUUUUAGAUUUGAACGAGAGUCUGUGGACAUGGCGGUAACUGGUUUUAUUUUUAAUGUGUGCCUAUAGAAUUACGAUGAUUGUAACUCAGAUGUUUCACGAAUUAGACAGCCAAAUUUGACUGAGUGUCCCAAAGAAGGAAAGAAAUGAAAUUAUUGUAACCCAAAUGAGCUGGGUCUUUGGUAGCAUUGGCCAUGUGCUUUUAUUUAUUUGAUUGCUGUGUCGUUGGGCAAGACACUUCACAGGUCAGACAGGCUGUUGGCUGUAGGGAUGCACUGAUCCGAUACUGGUUCGAUAUCAGCGGAGAUCCAGAAAUAUUCGCUGGGUCAGAUAUCGAUAACAGCCGAUCUCCUUGUUGAACAUACACACUGAAAUAAUAAGACCGUCUACUGACCGAGAAAGUCUCAUAAUGUUUGAAUUUAUAUUUUUAAGUUUGCUCGGUAGUUACUUGAGUGCUAAAAACAGCUUUGUAGCACAUUUUGAUCAGUUCUGUCUUAUUAUGUUUGUUUUAAGGAAAUAAAUGCUGUUUCCAUCCUCUGCACUGGCAUCAGUUAAAGCCAUCGUAUCAAAAUCGGUAUUGGUAUCGAAUAUUCCGGAUCGGUGCGUCCCUAACCGGCUAGAGAAGUAACUUGCUGCUACUGCGUGUGGAGAAUGAACGAAUAAUGGACCUAAUCUUUUAUUUAAAGUACCUGAAAUGGUUGACGUAAAGGUUAAUCAGGCGGCCAUGUUGAUAAUAACGAAGUUUAUAUCGUUAUAUCGAGUUAAACUGUUAUAUUGGACCUGGGCUGGUCAAAAUAGCUUUAUUCAACUAUUUAAUCAAAAAAUCUAGGCUACACUCUGUAACUUUUCUGACGAUUAAGUGGUCCAUCUCCUGCUUGUUGUUGCUUUGCUGGUAAUGCCCCACAGUAUGGCAUUAAACGUAUCUAUCUUGCAUUUAUUCAAGGUACAGAUCUGAGCCGUGACUUGGCUUUUUGCCGUCAAAGAGUUGUCUCCAUGGAGAUUAAUCAUUUUAGCGCCAUACUGUGGAACAUUACAAGCAAAGCACCAACAUCUCUAUUGACACAAGUAGGAGGUGGAGUCUCCAUUGGAAAAGUUGCACAGUGUAGCUUUAGCUGGUUUUAACAAUGCAGAUAUCCAUGAAAGAAGUUUAAAAAUGCAUCCAACUUAUAACUUGAUGACAGGAUUUUAGAUUUUUACUUCAAAAAGUCAAAAUCUCAAAAAUAGCUGCACUGGCCAAGGUUACAAAGACCCCGAUUUUUCAAAUUUCUAAAUGAGAGUCGAUGAGAGAGGGGCUGGUUUUCUGGACUUGGUCUUCCCUAAAAAACAUGCUAUUUCUUCCCAGCUGUACAUUGCAUUCUCAAAAAUCUCCCAAAUGAAACCUGUCUGAAACCAGUUAACCAGCAAUACGCCAUUUUGACAAAACCGACCCACAUUUUAACCAUCGAAUGCAUCCUAGCAGCUUAAACGUAGCAUCUCCACUGGCAUGAGCUCACUUUGACGAAAUGUCCUCCCCACAUCCUCUCUCUCUCUGUCUUUAGAAAAAAAAAAAAUCUUAGAAGGAGAUUAUUUAAUAUAUUUUUAGACUUGUUUUUUAUUCCAGUUUUGUGUCCAGCGAUGGCAUGCUUGCUUUCUUGUAAAUAUUGUAGAGAUAGAAAAACGCAGAUUAACUCCCUCUAACUUCCUCAAGACCAGACGAUACCACUGUAUAGAAAUUGUAUUAGCCUGCACAUUUUUGGAAGGCUGUGAAGUUGAUUUUAUUUUUAAAACUUGCAUACAAAUGUAUAUAUUUUCUUGAUUUUUACCCUGCUAAUAUAGGAUCUGUAGAGGAUUUCUGUACCAAACCUAGAACUUGUGUACUUUUUGUGGAGUUGGUGAUGCUAUCCUGAAGUCGACGCCUUGUUGUGAAGAGUUAGGUCUGUAUAUAUUAUGAAACGCAGUUGGUUUCUACCUCUCGGGCUCAGUAUCUCUGUUUACCUCUGCAGAACGCUGCGGAGACGGUUUCCAAAUCUUUUGAAUGUCCAGUUGAAGUUUUAUAUUGAAAAACUCAAGUGUAAAGGGACAGCAGUGUGGGGUACCGUCUGUACUAAAGUAAUGGGCCUAAUUCAACCAAUAAGAUGAGUCGUUUCAGCUCUGGUUGAUCAUAAUUUGCCUAAAAAUGCUAAAAACUGCUACUUCUCAGAUUACUUUUCAGGCAACUUUUACUUCUAAUAUAUUCAACAGUGUAACAGUACUCUUACCCGAGUAAAAGUAGUGAUUCCAAUUCCCACUGUGAGUAAAUCUAAGUGGAAUGAUUUGAGCGUUUGUGUUUCUUGCUAGGCCUGUCAUGAUAAUUACUAUAGCACCUUGAAAACAUAACAGAUGGAACAGUAUUUUUUAGGGUUUAGUAUUUAUCGUGGGGACUAAAAUUUUGGUUAUUUUUCUGGACCACGAUGAGAUUUGAGCUGUAAAACUCAUCAUGGACCCAAACAAAUGACUUAAGUGUUGCGUUCUGCCAUUUAUUUAUUUCAUUUAAAUUUUUUGUAAACAAUUUUGUACAUUUUAGAAUACUUUUUUGUGAAUAAUUAUCAUCUAUGUGUACUUUAGCAAUAUAUCGCACUUCAAACUAUGUUAUCGUGACAGGUCUAUUUCUUGCACCGCUCGUUCAGAUCCUAAAGUUUUUCAAAUUUUUGUGUUUACCCUCUGAAAAUCUACAGUUUUGUGCGUUAUUUCUUGUUUUGUCCUUGGAAUCACACUACAAAUUGUAAGUCAGAUGUUUGUCCAGGAAGUUACUCUUACUUGAGUAGUAGUUUCCUGCAAAUACUUGUUACAAUCUUGACACCUAAUGAACAAGUGUAUGUAGGAGAACUCUGUGAAACAAUAUGACGAAAUAUUUACUUAUUUUGUCAACUAAGACGAGACUUAAAACAUACUAGAGCUAAAGCAUUUCAGUCAAACGUUGAACCCAUAGACUGUACAUAUAAGUGGACAUGGCUAACCUGCUAGCCGCCGCGUUGUUCCUAAUAGGGAGUGAUCACAGGCGCGCUUCCGGCUCCAUCGACUCUGGCUUCAGUUCACUUUCUAUUGAAAAACUGUGGCCCCUCUUUCUGUAACUGCUGCUGUCAUACUCGUCAGUUUGGUCUUAAAAUGUUCGUAUUCACCCGCUCUACAACAGCUCCGCUCCUGAUCAGCUCUUUGGUCGCUAUGAUACUUAUCGUAGUAAUUCCAAAUACGGAACUCGGCCCCAAACAUGCUCUAGCCCCGAUGAGCUUCAUUUGACUGGAGCCGAACGCUGUGGGUGACGUCACACUCACUUAGUCCACUUCUUUAUACAGUCUGUGGUUGAAACUGCUUUUCUCUAGAAUAACCAUUGAGCAAUAUAGAGGUUUAAGCAUUUAUCCCUGAACUACUGUUAAACCAAUAGUCCUCGGUCACAUGACCCCACACUGCUGUAUCUUACCCCUCCCUCCUCUCCACCCCCUCCCCUCUGCAUCCGCCCUGUUUGUACCUGACCAAUAGCCACGGUUUCCGACUGUUAGUGAACCUCUCCUGGGUCGAUGUAAGCGAGAGGAGGCGGAGUUUUGAAUUCACGGCAACGGCAUUCUACAAACAAAAUCAUUAUUUAUUUAUUUACGCAUUUUCAGAGUCGUUUAAAGGCGCACUACGUAACUUUUCAUGCGGGGUGUCACCUGGAAGCAGGUGUUUGUGUUACCUUGAAAGGUAGACAUGAGCAGAGUCUCCUCACCGCAGAGUUGAUCUGGCCUGUAACUUGGCCUGGUAGUGUCAUCUGCUUGUUUCCAUAGAGAUGACAUAAAUGCCAUACUGGGGAACUUUCCAACCAAAGCAUACCCUCCAUAAGAAGUGAAAUAUUGCACCAUUUAAAUGCAGAUGGAGGAGUUUGAAACCACUUGGCAUUUUGAUAUUCCUUAGUCCAAAUCAAAUAGUUUCUCUAAACAUUUGAACUGUAAAAACAUGCAAAAACAAGUACAUUUAUUUAUUAUGUGAUUUUAAAAUGUCAAAUUGCAACUCACCAAUCCACCAGUGUUUGAUUUUUAGUGUCAAACCUGAAUACUUAAACCUGUACACAUGUCUAACACAAUUUGUCAAACUCUCUCAAAUCCUCCUCAUGGCCUGUAGUCGUAAUAUUAUGAGUUUCAAGGGUGCCAUUUUGAGGACUUUUCAUAUAUUUUGUCCUUAAUUGUUAGCUGCUAUGGCAACGGUUCUAAUUAACGAUCCCAAAUUGAAUCACUCUGAAACCCACAGAUAACGAUUUUCUCUUGUUUUCCCAACUAAUUUCUAGUUUGAAAUACACUAACAAUACAAAACUAAAUGAAAGGAUAAGUACAGUAAUUUGCCUUAAACUAGGUCCAAACAUGCAGUUGUAAUGGUGUUCAUGGUCAUUUUAUUACAUCAAAAAUAAUUCAGUAUCGCGUGACAUUCCCGUAUCACUUUUGGACUAGUUUAUGACAGAUUACUGCACUAAAUUUAAAUGCUAAGGCCAGUUCUUUAUACCCGUGUACCACAUCAGAAUGUUUCCAAAUUGCGUAACAUUUAAGAUUCCGCUUUGGCUACAUUUCCAUCCAAUUCCUAGUUUUAAAUCCACAAACAAUACUCCAGAUCUCAGGAAAACCUCAGUCGGCCAUGUUGUCUCCGCUCUCCCUCCUCUCCGCUCCUCUCCUCUUUGUGUACAUGUACUAGUUUCUAUACAGCAGCAUAAACCAUUUUGUGUUGGAAUGACGUACUUGAAACAGACGGAUUUUAUUUUGAAAAAGACAUUUUGGUGAGAGACUGAAGACUACUGGACUCUGUUUGGAUGCGUAUAAUUCCCUCAACAAUGUUUGUAUAUUUGAUGUUUUAAUCAGAUGCAUUGUAAUUUGAAAUCUGAAGAUGUGUCUAUGAAGCACUGGAGGAAACAUCUGGAACUAAACAAUAAAUGUGACUUUGAAAGGAA